AUGCCAUCUCCCGGUCACUCGAGGGCCACAACGAUUCUGGUUCGCAAUCUCCACUGCCCAUCCUGCGUUGCCUCCAUCGAUGAGUCGCUCUCCACGCUCAAUCCCCCGCCACUCUCCACAUCGACGUCCAUUGUUUCGCAGAGGGUCGUCAUUCUGCACCCCACCUCGCUGAGCACCUCGGACAUUAUCCACGCACUCGAAGCAGUUGGCUUCGAGAUCGAGAGCGUGACUCAGAAUACCCCAGAGAGCGGCGAUAUCGUCCUUGCAGAGGAAGACUACUCGGGAGGACAAUCUGCCGGCUCCAUCCUCCAGCGGCUAAACUCGUCCAGUGCGCACCGAAAACACGAUGCCCGCGAACAAGGCGCUUUGCAUAUUGAGAGGUGCGACGCUUGCCGCGCAGAGCUCUACGGAGACACAGCGUCGAUGUCGACAGACGUUAUGGAGAAGGCCGACAAGCACCUGCGCCCCGCCGCCAGCGUGAAGGGCAGCCUGACCGCACUCAACUCAGUAGUUUCUGAGAAACCCACAAGCGCUAUCGCUCGAGCAACUUUGUCGAUCCACGGAAUGUCAUGCAGCUCCUGCGUCGGCAAGAUCACCGAGACUUUGCGAUCCAAGCCAUGGAUCCGAUCCGCCGACGUCAACCUUCUCAUCAACAGUGCAACCGUCGUCUUCGAGGACAAGCAGCGUAUCAACCAGAUUCUUGAGACGGUGAGAAGCAUCGGCUAUGAUGCGGAGCUUGACGAGUGCGAAGACAUUGAGUCCCUCAAACCCUCCACGUCCCUCUCGCCAGUGGAUACGUGGCAGGCGUCUUAUGCCAUAGGGGGCAUGACGUGCAGCUCGUGCGUUGGCGCCAUCAACGAGGCACUCGAGCGCUAUGCAUGGAUCAAGAAGGUCGAGGUCAACCUACUCUCCAACAGUGCUUCUAUCCUGUUCGAAGGCAAAGACCACCAGGACCAGAUCUCCAAGAUCAUUGAAGACGCUGGCUACACGGCAAAACUCAACGACAUGGAGAAUGCCGGCCAACCCAAGGAGCGUGAGCAUGAGAGAUCAGUCAUCAUCCAGAUCGACGGCAUGCACUGCGAGCAUUGCCCCUCCAGAAUCUUGGACGCACUAAGCAUCUAUGCGAACAACAUGACGGUGGUAAAACGUCCCACGACGGCUGACAACAAGAUGAACAUCAAAUAUUUGCCGGCCAUGCCUGGGUUCACGAUUCGACAUAUCAUUGGCACCAUUGCCCAGAUCGAUGAGGCAUUCAACGUUUCCAUCUAUCAUCCGCCGACUCUGGAGGAGCGUUCGCAGAAGAUGCAUCACCGUCAACAAUGGCGCAUUGCUCGACGUCUAAUACUUUCCGUCAUUGCCGCCAUUCCGACCUUUGUCAUCGGCGUCGUGUACAUGGGCCUAGUCCCUGGCGACAACCGCGUGCAAAUGUAUCUCAUGGAGCCGAUGUGGGCCGGCAAAGCCACCAGAUCCGAGUGGGCGCUGUUCAUCACCGCAACGCCGGUCUACUUCUUCGCGGCCGACUUGUUCCACCGUCGCAUGUAUGCGGAGAUCAAGGCUCUCUGGGGGCCGGGAAGCAAGACUCCCAUCCUUCGACGAUUCUACCGUUUCGGCAGCAUGGAUAUGCUCAUGUCUUUGGGAAUUUCGAUUGCGUACUUCUCCUCCAUCGCCGUCCUCGCCAUCAACGCCACCCAGUCAGCCGAGGACCAUUCCAUGGGUCAAAAGGGGUCAUUCUUCGACGCUGUCGUGUUCUUGGCCAUGUUCUUGCUGAUGGGGCGGCUGAUUGAAGCUUACAGUAAGGCGAAAGCUGGUGAUGCUGUGGGUCUGCUUGGCAGCCUCCGACCGACGGAGGCCUUCCUCGUCGAGCCUCUUAGCAACGACACCUCGCCCACCCGGGAGUCGCGCCUGAUCUCGAUCGACCAACUGGAAAACGGAGACGUGGUCCGCAUUUCGAACGGAGCCUCUCCGCCUUACGAUGGCGUUGUGGUCGAGGGCGAGUCCCAGUUCGAUGAAUCCAGUCUCACGGGCGAAUCGGCUCUUGUCCAAAAGACAACGGGAGACGAGGUUUUCUCUGGUACUCUUAACAAAGGAGCACCUAUCUCGAUCCGAAUUACUCGUCUUGGCGGGGACUCGAUGCUUGAUCAGAUUAUAGCCGCCGUCCGUGAGGGUCAAAUCCGGAGGGCGCCAAUCGAGCGUGUCGCCGACCUCAUCACGGGCUAUUUCGUGCCAAUCGUUACCCUGAUCGCCAUUUGCGACUGGGUCAUCUGGCUGGCGCUCGGACUUUCUGGUGUUCUCCCUGAUUCCUGGAUGGACAACAACGUCGGAGGUUGGUCAUUCUGGUCGUUACAAUUCGCCAUUGCCGUCUUCGUCAUCGCCUGCCCUUGCGGUAUCGGUCUAGCAGCCCCAACCGCUCUUUUUGUCGGCGGUGGCUUGGCUGCCCAGCAUGGGAUUCUUGUCAAGGGAGGAGGCGAGGCUUUUCAAGAAGCCAGUCAUCUUGAUUGCAUUAUCUUCGACAAAACCGGCACAAUCACCCAGGGCGGCGAACCUUCCGUUACCAAUCACGAAUUUGUAUCGAAGGAAGCUGCCGAGGAGCUGGUGAGUGCUGUGUCAAAGCUUGAGGAGAGCAGCAAUCACCCGAUUGCGAGGGCCGUGGUCGCGUUCUGUAGCGCCAGGACAACCGCUGCAGUGCAACCCAUGAAUAUGGAGGAGAUUUCUGGAAAGGGUAUGAAGGGUUCUUUUCGAACCGGCAACAAUGAAUCACCGGCGAUGGAAGUUUUGGUCGGAAACGAGGUCUUGAUGGCGGAUCAUGGCGUCGAAGUCGCUGACGAAAAUGUCGCGACACUCGACUCGUGGAAACGCCAAGCGAAGUCCGUCGUCCUCGUGGCAAUGAGAAAUGAGAUUGGCUCUUCGGGAUUGACGGUACCCCUACCCAGGAUGACGCCGUGGAAGCUCUACAUGAUGAUGGCCACAGCCGACCCGCUCCGUCCCGAGGCCCAGGAAAUCGUCAGGGCACUUCACGACCGGGGCGUAGCCGUGUGGAUGCUCUCCGGCGACAACCCCAUUACCGCGUACGCUGUCGGCAAGAUGGUGGGCAUUCCCGAGGAGAACAUCAUUGCUGGCGUGUUGCCCGACCAGAAGGCCGAGAGGGUCCAAUACUUGCAGAAGACCCUUCAGAAGCCGCAAGGCACAUCUUUCUUUGAGAAACGAGAUCGAACUUCGAAGCGAGCCAUCGUCGCCAUGGUUGGGGACGGCAUCAACGACUCACCUGCGCUCACCGUUGCAGACGUUGGCAUUGCUGUUGGUUCUGGCUCCGACAUCGCCAUUUCCUCGGCCGAAUUCGUCCUGAUAUCGUCCGGCCUCACGUCGCUCCUCACCCUCAUUGACCUCAGCCGGACGGUAUUUAGAAGGAUCAAGUUCAACUUCGCUUGGGCCCUGGUAUACAAUCUGAUUGCUCUGCCAGUGGCAGCGGGUGUGCUGUAUCCCAUCAACAGCAAUGGGACACAUGUAAGAUUGGAUCCUGUCUGGGCUAGUUUGGCAAUGGCAUUGAGCAGUGUUAGCGUGGUUUGUAGCAGUCUGCUCAUGAGGAGUAAGCUGCCAUUUGUGGGUUUCAGAUCAUCUCAAGACCGGACCCGAAAAUGAUUACUUAAUAACGUAAUCCACGGGUGAGCGGGUCACACGGGUGAACGGGUCACCUUCCAGUGACUCGUACAACAAUAUGUAAGACAAUUCAACCACAACGCCUGAAAUCAAUUAAAAUUAUUCGG